CACUGGUAGAAGCAACAAUGGUGGGUGCUGCGUGUCUGCAACUUCAACCCGAGUUCUUCUCUUCUUUCGUGGGAAGUCCCCUUCUACACUCAAGGCAGCAACGACAGCUCCUUCCUCAGUUGUUCCGUUACAACGCAGGAAGGAAGCAUGUUUCAAUGCAGUUAUCGAGAACUCUCUCUGGCUUGACAAAUCUCUUAUUUAACAGAAGAAAUUUAAAUGAAUUGCAAAACAGCAAGCGUAAACGUCUGAGGCCUGGAAAAGUUUCUCCGCCUCGACCAGUGCCUGAAAACAUACCAAGGCCUGCAUAUGUGAAAUCCAAGGCACCGCCGGGAAUUGUGAGUGGUCCUCAAGUGCAUGACGAGCAGGGGAUAAUAUGCAUGAGAGCUUCUGGAAAGCUUGCAGCUGAAGUUCUUCAAUAUGCAGGCAACUUAGUCAAGCCAGGCAUAACAACAGAUGAAAUUGACCAAGCAGUUCACCAAAUGAUUGUUGAUAAUGGUGCGUACCCUUCUCCACUUGGCUAUGGUGGUUUUCCAAAAAGUGUUUGCACAUCUGUGAAUGAUUGCAUUUGCCAUGGAAUACCAGAUUCCCGUGUACUUGAGGAAGGUGAUAUAAUCAACAUUGAUGUUACUGUGUAUCUAAAUGGUUUUCAUGGUGACACAUCGGCAAUGUUCUUUUGUGGAGAUGUUGAUGAUGAAGCCAGAAGCCUAGUUCAGGUAACUAAAGAAUGCCUAGAUAAAGCAAUAUCAAUAUGUGCACCGGGUGUGGAGUUCAAGAAAAUUGGAAAAACAAUUCAUGAUAAUGCAGAUAAAUAUCAUUAUGGUGUUGUACGUGAGUUUGUUGGCCAUGGAGUGGGACGUGUUUUUCAUGCUGAUCCAGUUAUUAUUCAUUGCAGAAACAAUGAAGGUGGACGGAUGAUGCUAAAUCAAACCUUCACAAUUGAACCGAUGCUGACUAUGGGCAGCAUCAAUCCUGUUAUGUGGAAUGACAAUUGGACAAUUGUAACCGAAGAUGGAAGUCUUUCAGCGCAGUUUGAACACACCCUCCUAAUAACCCCUGAUGGGGCUGAGAUUAUGACUCAAUGCUGACAGAUCCAACAGUACUAUUUGCAGAUACCCACCUGAAGAACCUUAUUAUUGAAAUGUAAAUGAUUUAAAUAAUUCCUGGUCAAAAAGUUCGUGCUGAAAUCACCAAAAGGAAAAAGAUCACUGAAAGUGGAUGUGGAACUCCAAAUUUUUUAAGAUUGUUUUUUUUUUUUGAUAAGUUCCUAAUGCACAAAUUAUUUGCAUGUCACUAGUUGUUACCUAAUAGACAAAUAGGAAUGUGUAUUUAAUCAUUAUUUUAACAUUAUUUCAAGGGGGGCAUUUAUCCACCUUGCGGCAUUGUAAAACAAUGUUUUUUUUUUUUUUUUUUUUGGGUAUCCUGUAAAACAAUGUUAUUUUUACCCUUAAUGUAG